GCGCGCGCCGUCCGUCCGUCUCGGUUUCCUGGCUGCGCGCGGCGGUGGCAGAGGAGCUGCAGCUGUAACCCCAGCGGCGAAGAUGGCGGAGGGGUUGGAGCGUGUGCGGAUCUCCGCGUCGGAGCUGCGAGGGAUCCUGGCCACUCUGGCCCCGCAGGCCGGGAGCAGAGAAAACAUGAAAGAGUUGAAGGAGUUAAAGGAGCCCAGGCAGCGCAAAGAUAACAGGCGCCCAGAUCUGGAAAUCUAUAAGCCUGGUCUUUCUCGACUAAGGAACAAACCUAAAAUCAAGGAACCCUGUGGGAAUGAGGAAUUUAAGGAUGAAGUUGUUAAUGACAGAGAUUCUUCUGCUGUUGGAAAUGGUACAAAGCUCAUUAAAGAUGUCUGCAAGGAACUAGAUGACCAGCAGCAAAAUGGUCCUAUAGACCCAGAAAAUAAUCGGGGACAAGAGUCCUCACCUAGGACUGCUGGACCAGAGGACCGGAGUCUAAGAAUUAUCAAGAGAACAAAGAAACCAGAUUUGCAGAUCUAUCAGCCUGGGAGGCGUUUGCAGACUUUUACCAAAGAAUCAGCUGGCCGGGUGGAUGAGGAAGAAAUUCUCAACCAAGUAGAACAACUGAGGGUAGAGGAAGAUGAGUGCAGGGGAAAUGUGAAAGAGGAAAUUGUGAAUAAACUAGACAAAGCUGAGAGAGAAAAGAGCCCAAAUAGUGACCGAGUAAGGGCUGCAAAGGGAGAAAAAGGAAAGAGGAUUGAAAAAGGGGAGGGGAUGAAGAAAGUGAACGAUGAUCUGGCCCAGGGGAAGCCGGGUUCUGCAAAGCGCUACUCCCGCUCAGACAAACGAAGAAACCGCUAUCGUACUUGUAGUACCAGCUCAGCUGGUAGCAACAACAGUGCUGAGGGAGCUGGCGUGACUGAUAAUGGAUGUCGUCGCCGCAGACAGGAUCGUACCAAGGAGAGGCCACGAUUGAAGAAGCAAGUAUCUAUGUCCUCAACUGACUCCUUAGAAGAGGAUAGAAUUGAUGAGCCAGAUGGAUUAGGGCCCAGGAGGAGCUCAGAAAGGAAGAAACACUUAGAAAGAAACUGGUCUGGCCGGGGGGAGGGUGAGCAGAAAAGCAAUGGUAAGGAAAAUCGAGGCACUCUUCGUGUCACUUUUGAUGCAGAAACCAUGAAUAAAGAUUCUCCCAUGGUGAGGUCAGCCAGGGAGGAUGUGGAUAGGAUAAAGCCUGACAAAGGCUCAAGCUGUGGGGGCAAAGGCUCUGAGAAGCAGGAGUCCAAAAACAUGAAACAAGAACUUCGGGGUUGUGGUCGUGGCAUUCUGAUUCUGCCUGCCCAUACCACCCUAUCUGUCAAUUCAGCAGGUUCUCCAGAGUCCACAUCUUUGGGACCUCGGCUUUUGUUUGGAUCUGGUAGUAAGGGAUCUCGGAGUUGGGGCCGUGGAGGCACCACUCGCCGAUUGUGGGACCCAAACAAUCCUGAUCAGAAACCUGCUCUAAAGAGCCAGACGCCCCAGUUACAUUUCUUGGACACUGAUGAUGAAGUCAGCCCUACAUCUUGGAGUGAUUCACGCCAGGCCCAAGCAUCUUACUAUAAGUUUCAAAAUUCUGACAACCCUUAUUAUUACCCUCAGACACCAGGCCCUGCCUCCCAGUAUCCCUAUACAGGCUAUAGCCCUCUACAGUACCCAGUUGGCCCUACGAAUGGUGUUUACCCAGGGCCUUACUACCCAGGCUACCCGACUCCACCAGGGCAGUAUGUAUGUAACCCUCUCCCUCCCAGUACCAUGAGUCCUGAGGAGAUGGAGCAGCACAUGAGGAACAUGCAGCAACAGGAGCUACAUAGGCUUCUCCGGGUGGCAGACAACCAGGAACUGCAGCUCAGCAACCUGCUUUCUAGGGACCGCAUCAGUCCUGAGGGCCUGGAGAAGAUGGCCCAGCUCAGAGCUGAACUGCUACAACUGUAUGAGCGCUGUAUUCUAUUAGAUAUUGAGUUCUCCGAUAAUCAGAAUGUGGAUCAGAUACUGUGGAAGAAUGCUUUCUAUCAGGUGAUUGAAAAGUUCAGGCAGCUGCUCAAGGAUCCAAAUGUUGAGAACCCAGAACAGAUUCGGAACAGACUUUUGGAGCUCUUGGAUGAGGGUAGUGACUUCUUUGAUAGUCUACUUCAGAAGCUGCAGGUUACUUACAAGUUCAAACUGGAGGACUACAUGGAUGGUCUUGCCAUUCGCAGCAAGCCAUUACUCAAGACAGUAAAAUAUGCUUUGAUCAGUGCCCAGCGGUGUAUGAUUUGCCAAGGAGAUAUUGCUAGGUAUCGGGAGCAAGCCAGUGAUACAGCAAACUACGGGAAAGCACGCAGUUGGUACCUGAAGGCCCAGCACAUUGCUCCCAAGAAUGGGCGCCCAUAUAACCAGUUGGCUUUGCUGGCAGUGUACACGAGGAGGAAGCUUGAUGCUGUGUAUUACUAUAUGCGCAGUUUAGCUGCCAGCAACCCUAUCCUGACUGCCAAGGAGAGUCUCAUGAGCUUGUUUGAAGAGACCAAACGAAAGGCAGAACAGAUGGAAAAGAAGCAACAUGAGGAAUUUGAACUGAGCCCUGACCAAUGGCGGAAAGGAAAGAAGUCUACUUUUCGGCAUGUUGGAGAUGACACCACUCGCCUGGAGAUCUGGAUUCAUCCAUCUCAUCCCCGGUCCACGCAGGGCACUGAGUCCGGGAAGGAUUCUGAGCAAGAGAAUGGGCUGGGCAGCCUGAGCCCCAGCGAUCUGAACAAAAGGUUCAUCCUCAGUUUUCUCCAUGCCCAUGGGAAGCUGUUUACCCGGAUUGGGAUGGAGACAUUCCCUGCAGUGGCUGAGAAGGUCCUCAAGGAGUUCCAGGUGUUGCUGCAGCAUAGCCCCUCUCCUAUUGGAAGUACCCGCAUGCUGCAGCUUAUGACCAUCAACAUGUUUGCUGUACACAACUCUCAGUUGAAAGAUUGCUUCUCGGAGGAGUGUCGCUCUUUGAUCCAGGAGCAAGCUGCAGCCCUGGGCUUGGCCAUGUUUGCUCUGCUGGUGCGGCGCUGCACCUCCUUACUUAAGGAGUCUGCCAAAGCUCAGCAGUCCUCUCCUGAGGAACAGGACGACCAAGAUGACAUCAAGGUGUCUUCCUUCGUCCCGGACCUAAAGGAACUGCUCCCUAGUGUGAAGGUCUGGUCAGACUGGAUGCUCGGGUACCCAGAUACCUGGAAUCCUCCACCCACAUCCCUGGAUCUGCCCUCGCAGGUUGCUGUGGAUGUGUGGUCGACGCUAGCUGAUUUCUGUAACAUACUAACUGCGGUGAAUCAGUCUGAGGUGCCACUGUACAAGGACCCGGAUGAUGACCUCACCCUUCUUACCCUGGAAGAGGAUCGGCUUCUCUCGGGCUUUGUCCCCUUGCUGGCUGCUCCACAGGACCCCUGCUACGUGGAGAAAACCUCGGAUAAGGUUAUUGCAGCCGACUGCAAAAGGGUCACAGUGCUGAAGUAUUUUCUGGAAGCCCUUUGUGGACAAGAAGAGCCUCUGCUGGCAUUCAAGGGUGGAAAAUAUGUGUCAGUGGCACCCGUCCCAGACACCAUGGGAAAGGAAAUGGGAAGCCAAGAGGGAAAACAACUGGAAGAUGAGGAGGAGGACGUGGUGAUUGAAGACUUUGAGGAAGAUUCAGAGGCUGAAGGCAGCGGGGGAGAGGAUGACAUCAGGGAACUUCGGGCCAAGAAGCUGGCUCUGGCCAGGAAGAUAGCCGAGCAGCAACGUCGCCAAGAAAAGAUCCAGGCUGUCCUGGAGGACCAGAGUCAGAUGAGGCAGAUGGAGCUCGAGAUCAGACCCUUGUUCCUCGUACCAGACACCAACGGCUUCAUUGACCACCUGGCCAGUCUGGCACGGCUGCUGGAGAGCAGGAAGUACAUCCUGGUGGUGCCCCUCAUCGUGAUCAAUGAGCUGGAUGGCCUGGCCAAGGGGCAGGAGACAGACCACCGGGCUGGGGGCUAUGCCCGUGUGGUGCAAGAAAAGGCCCGGAAGUCCAUCGAAUUUCUUGAGCGGCGAUUUGAGAGUCGGGACACUUGCCUACGGGCCCUGACCAGCCGUGGCAAUGAACUUGAAUCCAUCGCCUUCCGCAGUGAGGACAUCACUGGCCAGCUGGGUAACAACGAUGACCUGAUCCUCUCCUGCUGCCUCCACUACUGCAAAGACAAGGCUAAGGACUUCAUGCCCACCAGCAAAGAGGAGCCAAUUCGGCUGCUGCGGGAGGUGGUGCUGUUGACAGAUGACCGGAACCUGCGUGUGAAGGCACUGACGAGGAAUGUGCCUGUGCGGGACAUCCCGGCCUUCCUCACAUGGGCCCAGGGCCGGGGGAAGACCUUCUCACCCCGGGGACUCAGCCACUUUCUCCGGUGGACUUGGGGCAGGAGUUUUAGAGUUUCCAUCAGAUGCAGGUGAAAUCACAGGUCCCUUUAACCUUCUUCAGAACCUCUGUCCUGAAUGUGUCCAAGACAGUUUGGUUAUGUCAUGAAGAGUGCCCAGGGUGUGCUCUUCAUCUCCCUGAGGCCUGGAUUCCCCCAUGGACUUAAUUUGGGUUCUGGAUACCAUGUCCUUAACAGCAGCCCUAGGCCCCCACCUCUUCUACCCCACAUCCCAUCACACACACCCAUCCUGCUGCUGUUCUCGCCCUUAUCAAUCUGGGUCCCUUACCAUUUGUCAUUGUUUUCCCCUGGGAUAGUCAUGGGUCUAGAGGGAAGGUACAUCUGGACUUAGUCCCAUGCUUCCUGGGUGGUCUUUGCCUGCUCCAUCACCCCUAAUUGGCCUUCCUUUUGCUCUAGUUCUCUCUCCAGGAUAUUUCCUGAGACUUUUCUCUGUCUGCCUCCUUUCUUUGCCCUCCCUUCUUCCAGAACACCCCCUCACCUUCCUUCGCUUUCUACUAGAUCCCUCUCAGCUCCUUGAUCUUGAUCCCCUCAAUUUCUUCACCUCAGUUCCCUGUCAUGGGGGUUCUCACUCUGAAUGUCCCUCCUUUGCUACCUGUGGCAGGAACCUAAUAAAGCUUUCCCACUCUAGUCCUUCCAUCCCAGGCCCCUGUGCUCCAAGAAACUUCCAGGCUUGUACAGCCCAGCCUGAGGGUAGGUGCGGUGGUCCAGUGCCUGGAGGAGCAUUGCCUCUCCUGGAGUUUUCACCUUGUUUCUAGCUUUCCCCUCCACCCACUAGAAGAACUGACAAAGGGGCCCUUUAGCCUUUGUGGUUUUUGUUGCCCCUUUAGCUGGUAUCCAUGUUCAAAACCUCUCUCUGGAGGCUUCCUACUGGGAAUGAGUUCCUCCAACCCAGGGGCAGGGAUAAGGAGGAAUUAAGGGAAGACAGGGUUUUAGGUAGAGCCAGGGAUAAAUCUUGAUGGGACCAGUGAGGGAAUCCUGCCUGAGGCCACCAUCUGACAUAACCUGCCCAGAGGAUAGGAGCGUAGCUGUGCCCUUCCUGAGGCCCAGGAAUAUGCCGGAAGGAGGGGGACUGUGCAGGAAAGCCAAGGCCAAUGGUUUUGGGGUAGGAGUCCUGCAGGGCCUUACAAGACUGGGCUCUUUGGGGUACAGGGUCCCUGGCCUCUCCUUUGAGAUCCUCUCCCCAGGCAGAAAGCCAGUGACUGGGUGGGUAGGAGACCCAUCUCUCUUUUCUGUCCCGUUUGCAGCACUAGUUUUGUUUCCUUAAUAAAUUUUUAGUUAUGAAACAUA